AUGAUUCGCUCUUUAAUCCCUAUAGUUCUGCUUUUUUUGCUUGCUCUUGUAGCUGCCGCUGAUGAUUUCCCAACUGUGGAAGUUGUGGGUAACAAGUUUUUUUUCAAAAACAAUGGAACUCAAUUUUUGAUGAGAGGUAUUGCCUAUCAACAAAACACCGCCAAUGAAACUGAUACUACAUUCAGAGAUCCAUUGGCUGACCCAUCAUCUUGUUCUAGAGAUGUCAAGUACCUUCAAGCUGCCAAUACUAAUGUCCUUCGUGUUUAUGCUGUGAACACUUCCCUCGAUCAUUCUGAAUGUAUGAAGACAUUUGCUGAUGCAGGAAUUUAUAUUAUUGCUGAUUUGUCAGAACCAUCCUUGUCCAUCAACAGAGACUCUCCAGAAUGGAACUUGGACCUUUACAAGCGUUAUACCGAUGUCGUGGAUGGAUUUGCAAACUAUUCUAACACCUUGGGUUUCUUUGCUGGUAAUGAAGUUACAAACAAUAAAUCAAACACAGAUGCCUCUGCUUUUGUGAAGGCUGCUGUUAGAGACAUUAAGAAGUAUAUUUCUGACAAGAACUACAGAAACAUUCCAGUUGGUUACUCAUCCAAUGACGAUGAAGAGACUAGAGUUGCAAUUGCUGACUACUUUGCUUGCGGUAAUUCAGACGAAAGAGCAGACUUUUUCGGUAUCAACAUGUAUGAAUGGUGUGGAGACUCCAGUUUUCAAGCUUCUGGAUACAAGGAUAGAACUGAGCAAUACCAGAACUUGACUAUUCCUGUUUUCUUUUCUGAAUAUGGUUGUAAUGCUAAUAGACCCAGAAAAUUCACAGAAGUUGGAACUAUUUAUAGUGAAGAUAUGACUGACGUUUGGUCGGGUGGUAUUGUCUACAUGUAUUUCGAAGAAGAAAAUCAAUACGGUUUGGUAUCUGUUAGUGGUGAUAAUGUCAAAACUUUGGCUGAUUAUAGCUACUAUUCACAAGAAAUCAACCUGAUCUCUCCUACUUAUGCCAAGAUGUCCGAUGCAUCAGCCAGUGCUUCCAAUACAAUUGCUUGUCCAGCCUCUGCACCAACUUGGAAGGCUUCCAAGAAGCUUCCACCUUCUCCAAACAAGGAUCUUUGUGACUGUAUGUCCAACUCCUUAACUUGUGUAGUGGGAAGUGAUGUUAAAUCGAAGAACUACGGUGAAUUAUACCAAUUCAUUUGUUCUAAGAUUGAUUGUAGUGGAAUUUCUUCCAAUGGUACUUCUGGAUCUUAUGGUGCUUUCUCCUUCUGUUCUGAUAAGGAUAAGCUCUCGUAUGUCUUGAAUGAGUACUAUGAACAGAACGGAAAGGACCUGUCUGCUUGUGAUUUCAGUGGUUCUGCUACCAUCAACAAGAGCGCAAGUGCUGCUGGCUCCUGUUCCUCUCAGAUUGCUUCUGCAACAUCUGCUGCUGCUGCAACUGGAUCUGGCUCGGACUCUGGAUCUGGUUCUGGUUCCUCUGGUUCUGGUUCUGGCUCAUCCUCUGGAGGAUCUGGCUCUACUUCAACUUCUUCUUCUAAGAAGUCAUCUGCCCUGAAACUUCAAGUUUCUGUAGGUGAACUUUACGCUGUUGCCGGUAUGUUGACAUGUUUCGUCGGUGGUUUAUCUAUAAUUUUUGUUUAA